AUGGCCGAUGAUGGAGUCAAUCCGAAGGCCUUCCCACUGGCCGAUACCAACUUGUCUCAGAAGCUCAUGGAUCUCGUCCAGCAAGCGAUGAACUAUAAGCAACUCAAGAAGGGAGCCAACGAGGCCACCAAGACCCUCAACAGAGGAAUUGCCGAGGUGAGUAGACAUUUUAAAUGAAUACGUUUCUAUAUUUUGGAAGGAACGCAUUAUUGACUUCCGAUAAACUGAGAAGAUAGGCUAUUCGACCUAUUCAAAAUUUUCAGGUCAUCGUCAUGGCUGCCGAUGCCGAGCCGCUGGAGAUUCUCCUCCAUCUGCCGCUUUUGUGCGAGGACAAGAACGUCCCAUACGUCUUCGUCCGCGUAAGUGGAAUUUUUCGUUUUGAACGAAUUUUCAAGAAUUAUGAGUUUUCAAAAAUAAUCAGCAUAUUUCAGAGCAAGGCUGCCCUCGGACGCGCUUGUGGAGUGACUCGUCCAGUCAUCGCAGCCUCAAUCACUCAAAACGAAGGAUCUCAGCUGAAAUCUCAAAUCCAAAAGAUCAAGGAGGACGUUGAGAAGCUCCUCAUCUAA